AUGGAGGGCCCCGCGCUGCUCUGGGUGCUGGCAGCGCUGGCCCUGGGGGUGGCCCGGGCCACUGUCCCCGAGCACCGCGUCCUGCCCGACCUCCGCCUCUCCGCCGAGACCGGAGCCAUCUUCGUGCACGAGCUGGAGCGGGAGCUGUUCCUGGAGGCCUUCUCUGGGAGCGAGGAUGAUGAUGCCCCCGUGACCUUCCGUGCCCACCUGUGGGACCACCCGGACCUGCCGCGGUGGCUGCGCUUUGUCCAGCGGGACCCGGGCCAGCCCGGCUACCUGUAUGGGUGCCCGCUGGCCCCCGAGCUGGGCACCCACAGCGUCCAGGUGCUGGCCUACAACCGCCACACCUUCGCCACCGCGUCCCAGCGCCUCGUCAUCAGCGUCACCCCCGCGCCAGGUGGGGACGCGCCGUUCCAGGCCGAGUUCCUGGUGGGGGACAGGAACGUGGAGGAGCUGCUGCCCGAGGCUGCGCGGGACCUGUUCCUGCUGGGCUCGUCCGGGGUCUGGGGGCGCGGGGACCUGCACGUCAUCAAUGUCACCUCUGCCCUGGACCGCGGGGGCCGCGUCCCGCUGCCCAUCGAGGGCCGCAGGGAGGGGGUUUAUGUCCAGGUGGGCUCCCACAGCCCCUUCUCGCCCUGCCUGGCCUCGGCCGUGUCCCCUCAGAGCCGCUCCCGCUGUCACCGGGGCCAGCGCCCGCUCGCCUCCUGCUACGACACCUUCGCCCCGCACUUCUCCAUCCGCUGGUGCAACCUCACCCUGCUCCAGGUCCAGCCCAGCCCCACCCCGCCGGGCCCGCUGUGGGGUCCGGGAAUUCUGGGGGACGGCGGCGAUUUCGAGCCCCCCAGCCCGGCCGCGACCCGGGAGUUGCUCCCCUCGUUCCUGGUGACCCUGCUGGUGCCGCUGGCGGUGGCCGCGCUGCUGGCCCUGCUCCUGGGCCACCUCAUGUGCUGCCGCAGGGAGGGAGUGGAAAAACGGGACUUGGAGACGUCUGACCUCCAGCUCUUCCACCACAGCUCCAUCGCGGGGGACUCUCGCGAGCUGCGGCUCAUGGCCUCGAGCCGGGCCGUGCCCCGGCCGCUCUCCACCCUGCCCAUGUUCAACGUGCGCACGGGCCAGCGCAGCGACCCCAUGGGCAACCUGCGCCACGGGGCCCGCGCCCCCCUGCUCCCGCAGUGA